AUGGAUGGGGAGGAUAGUUUUGUGGCUCUGGUCCAUUGCUCUGGAAAAAUUCAAAAGAGCAAACGCCACGGUGUGAAAUUCACAGAUAGAGAACCGGUUAGUAUUUUUAUUCGAUCUUCAAGUACAUUGGCAGAGAUUAAGCUCAGCAUACUACAGAAGCUCGGUACCUGUGGUACGAAGCAGGUUAAAAAGUUGUUUUAUAAGAUUCCCAUUACCGUUGUGUCAACCAGUGUGUGGUUUGAGACCUUUGUGAUAGGGUCGGAUGAAGACCUGCAGGUCUUGUUUCACUGCAGGCGUAGUUUUCCGGAGGUGAGGAUACCUGAGAUGUUUGCAAAGUUGGAAGAUCGUGUGGAUAGCUCUAGGGCAUCGGCACCGAGUCCUCAGUCGACCACACGGGGCGGUGCAUCGACAUCACUGCCUGUGGUAGCAGCGGUAGUUCUACCUCCCGAGCCAGAACGUGCUGAGGUUGAGUUUGAGGUUGGACCGGAUCGAGUUGAGAAUGCGCUUUGUGAUGAUGAUUCCGAUGAGGAGCCGCUCGAUAUUGGUGGGGACAGUGAAGAUGAUAUACCAAUAGGUGCAGCCCAUGGAGGUUCCGGUUCUGGAACACAAGAGUACCCUCCGCACCUGUCAUCUUUGAACUUGGAGGCCAUCGGUCAACACCAGAAUGUUGAGGCAACAUUCGAUGGACAGGGUAUGCAUGAUGGGACAGGUUUGACUGAAUUUCAGAUUGGCCAGUCGUUCCAGAGUAAGGAGGAAGCUGUGCUGAGCGUGAAAGAUUACAGCAUUCGGCGUGGAGUUGAGUAUAGGGUUAUGGAGUCAGACAGUCUAAAAUACCAAGGGAGAUGCAAGGAGUUCGGUAACGGAUGCACGUGGUUGAUCCGGAUAGUCAUGCGAAAAAGGAAGAGCACAUGGGAAGUUAGGAGGUACAACGGACCACACACGUGUAUGGCCACAUCGAUUUCGAGCGACCACAGGCAGCUUGAUUAUCAUGUGAUUUGUGCAAGAAUCUUUCCAUUGGUUAGAGCUGAUGCGUCGGUAUCGAUUAAGGUGUUGCAAGAGGCAACAGAGGCAACAUAUGGUUUCAAGCCAAGUUAUCGAAAAGUGUGGUUGGCAAAGCAGAAGGCAGUAGCACAGAUCUACGGCGAUUGGGAGGAGUAA